GCGAGUUAAACUUAUUUAUUUUUCAUUGGGGGAAUGACUGAUGAAUAAAGAACAGCUGCCUUUCAAACAAAAAUAAAAACAGUGAAAAUUUCUCAGAUUUUGCAUGGAAAUUAGCUGUGAAGGUAUUUUAAACUAUUCUAAAAACUACGCAAAUUUUCCGACUGCAGCUGCUGGUGGAAAAAUCAAUUUCAGAGUGUUGGUCGAGUAGGAAGAAAGGUUGAAGAAAAUUACGCAAAAAGAAAAUGUCGUUUCGGCUUCUGACGACUCGCAUUUACAAACAUGGUCGAUUGCUGGUCCAGAGCUACUUCAAGCGAGACAUUCACGUCAACAUUUUGGACCAGGGUCGCAAUCGGAGCAUUCCCAGCGAAUUCAAAGCUGGCGGAGCGCUCAACCGGCAGGAACUGAAUCAGCAUCUCCGGACCAACAGCUUCCUACGUUUCGGCAGCCAAGCCCGGCGCCUCUUUGUUGAUAAUGUGCUAAACCGGGUGACUAAUCCUUUCUCGGCUGAGCUACGCCAGCAAGCUGCUAAACGGCUUAUGUUUGGCGAUUCAACGCCGUUCUUUGCUUUGGUAGGAGUUAGCCUAGCCUCUGGAGAUGGAAUGCUUACCAAGGAUGACGAGCUGGAAGCUGUUUGCUGGGAAAUUCGGAACGCGGUAUCUAAAUUUCAAACCAAAGCUGGUGAGCAGGACAUAGAAAAACGUCUAGAUGAAGACCUCGGUCUGGAUACUUUGAAUAUUGGACCACCACUGGCUAAGGGAUGUUCAGCUGUAGUCUACGCAGCAGCGCUUAAGGAUGAAAACGAAUCUAACGAUAUGAACACCAGUGUCCCAAGUGCUUCUGCAGAACACAUUGAGCCGAGUGUUGAACCUGAACAGCUGCUUUCUCCAACGCAGAACAUGGGACGAUUCAUUCACAACUUUGGUGGUAGCCUAGACAAUCUGCAUGGCGGGGGUUUUAGCGAAAGCCCUCGUUACAGUGCGACCACACCUUUGCAACGUAAUCUGCAGGAUAUGGGCAUUGACGGUCUCAGGCAAGUGCUCGGACAGGAUGACGAGCAGCCAAAAACCGAGACACAAUCUAUCCGAGAAACGAAACGAGGUCGGGUUCGGUUUGAAAGCGAGAGCGUAGCAAGCCGACGAUCCCGACUGUUAUCCGAUGCAGUUGACGAAUACCUAUAUGUACGGUCCGGCGAUAGUGAUUUGAUUGCUACGCUUCAUGAUUAUAACAUGGAUGCAACUAUGGAAGAAUACCCACUUGCCCUGAAAAUGUUAUUCAACUACGAUAUCCAAAGUAAUGCUAUGGCAAUUCUGAAGGCAAUGUACAAAGAGACAGUGCCGGCAAAAAGAAGAAAUCCAGCGGAAACGGAAAAUUGGGAAAAAUCACUAAUGGAAAGAACAGCCUUCCUACCUCCCCACCCGAACGUGGUCGAAAUGUACGGAGUUUUUUGUGAUCAAAUCCCUGAUUUGCAUAUGUCUUCUUCGCUUUAUCCAAUGGCGUUGCCACCCCGCAUAAACCCCCACGGCUACGGCCGUAAUAUGAGCCUAUUUCUGCUGAUGAAACGCUACAACUGUAGUCUACAUGACUACCUUUCCCAGACGUCAUCCCUUGAUCUUAGAACACGCAUCCUACUGUUUGCACAAUUGCUGGAAGCGGUCGCACAUCUGAACCGCUAUGGAGUGGCCCAUCGCGAUCUGAAAAGUGACAACAUCUUAAUCGAAGUACGACCAAACAUGCCACCGAACUUGGUCCUGUCGGACUUUGGUUGUUGUAUUGCGGACAAGUCCUAUGGUCUGCAGCUGCCGUAUUCUUCCGAGGAAAUCGACAAAGGAGGCAACACUGCUCUGAUGGCACCGGAAAUAAUCAACAAGCAACCCGGGACUUUUUCUGUGCUAAAUUAUACCAAGUCCGACUUGUGGGCGUGUGGAGCCAUCGCUUACGAAAUCUUCGGUUCCAAUAACCCAUUUUACGGUGGAAAGAACGAUCCGAGCACUUUGAAAAAUGUUAGCUAUAAAGAUAAUCAGCUUCCUCAAAUGCAUGAGAGCGUACCGCAGGUUGUACAGAAGUUAGUUGAGAACAUGCUGCGUAGGAAUCCAAACGAGCGGCUCAGUCCUGAUGUAGCGGCUAAUGUGAUGCAGCUUUUCUUGUGGUCUCCAUCAUCUUGGAUGAAGUCCAGCUUCAGCCCGUCCAGCAGCGAGAUACUCCAAUGGUUGCUAAGUUUGACAACGAAAAUUCUGUGCGAGGGUCGCCUUCAGCCGGAUAUCGAAACCAUGGGUCGCCGAACCUACACGGAGUAUUUGCUGAUAUCUAGCUUUUUGGCACGUGCCCGCAUUCAGCGCAUCAAACGUGCGCUGGACUGGAUCCAUGCCGAACAAUAGACCCGAUAGUGUGAAGUGAUAUUACAUUUUAUUGUACAGUGUUAUUUAGACUUAUGAGAUUUGUAUAUUUAUGUGCUAAUUAAAACCCUCUAUCUAAACAUCCACUAAGAGAAAUGAUCUGUAAUUGAGGAAAAUGUUUGAUUUUGCGUUCAAUUGUAUGCAGCAAAUUGAAGAUUUAUAUUUGAAACUUAUUGUUAUUAAUCAUAAUAUACAUAAAUCAAUAACGCUAACCACAAAAAGUA